AUGUCGGGCGGGCGGAGGCCGAGCGGCGGGCCGGGCGGCGGGCGAGCGGCGGUGCUGGGCGCUGUGCUGCUGUGGCUGUGCUGGCGGGCGGCGGCGGAGCGGCUCCGCUACUCCAUGGCCGAGGAGCUGCCCAGAGGCUCGCUGGUGGGGCCGCUGGCCCGGGACCUGGGGCUCAGCGCCGACGAGCUGCCGGCGCGCAAGCUGCGGCUCAGCGCGGACAAGCAAUACUUCACGGUGAGCGAGGGGAACGGGAACCUGUACGUGAGCGAGAGGCUGGACCGGGAGGAGCUGUGCGGCAAAUCGGCGUCCUGCUCGGUCAGCUUCGAGGCGCUGGUGCACAACCCGCUCAACGUUUUCCAUGUCGAGGUGUCCAUUGAGGACGUGAAUGACAACUCCCCGACCUUUAGCAAGGCUGCUCUGGACCUCGAGAUCGAUGAAUGGAUCCCUCCCGGCACUCGUUUUCCUCUGGAGAUGGCCCAAGACGCAGACGCCGGAAGCAACUCGCUACUGACUUAUGAUCUCACAAGGAGCCCCUCUUUCAGUCUGGCCAUAAAAGAGAACCCAGGUGGUAUGAAGCAGCCGGAAUUAGUGCUGGAGAGAACACUGGAUCGGGAGAAACAGAGCUCCUUUGAGCUCGUUCUUAGUGCACUGGAUGGUGGGAACCCCGCGAGGUCCGGGACUGUUCAGGUUCGCGUCAACGUGCUGGACGCAAACGACAACCCACCCGUGUUCAGUAAAAGCAUCUACGAGGCUCGAGUGGCUGAGAAUCUGCUGGCGGGGUCGCUGGUGAUGCAGGUGCGGGCCACGGAUGCGGACGCGGGGUCCAAUGGGCGGGUCUCCUAUUCUUUCGGCAACGUCCCGGCGGGGAUCCGUGAAUUGUUUGCUGUUGACAGCGAGAAUGGUGAGAUCAGGACAGCGGGUCCCCUCGACUUCGAGGAGAAAAGUGAAUACAGCUUCGCCCUUGAGGCGAGGGACGGUGGUGGUCUGACCGGUCAUUGUCAAGUGCAGAUAGACAUCACGGACGAGAACGACAAUGCCCCCGAGAUCACGAUUCUGUCGCUAUCGAGCCCGGUGCCUGAAGACUCACCGGCCGGGACCGUGGUUGCCCUGCUGAAAGUGCGGGACCGAGACUCCGGCGAGAACGGUGAGGUGUCAUGCGAGCUGUCGGGAGAGGCGCCGCUGUCGAUCGUGGCGUCGUCGGGCGGCUCGUUCAAGGUGGUGACGGCGAGCGCGCUGGACCGCGAGCAGGCGUCCGAGCACUGCGUGACGGUGGUGGCCCGGGACCGGGGCAGCCCGGCGCUAUCGAGCGUGGCGGAGCUGUUGCUGGAGGUGUCGGACGUGAACGACAACGCGCCGGUGUUCGAGGAGGCGUCGUACAGCGCGUACGUGCGGGAGAACAACGCGGUGGGCGCGCUGGUGUUGCGCGUUGUGGCUCGGGACUUGGACGCGGGCGCGAACGGGCGCGUGAGCUACUGGCUGUCGGGCGGCAGCGCGGGCGCGGCGGGCGCGGCGCCGCUGGUGUCGGUGGAGUGCCGCGAGUUCUUGGUGGCCGUGCGGGCGCAGGACGGCGGGUCGCCGGCGCGCAGCUCGACGGCCACGGUGCGCGUCUUCGUGCUCGACCAGAACGACAACGCGCCGCGGGUGCUCUACCCGCCCCCGCCGGCGGCGUCGGGCUCGGUGGGUUCGGCUUUCGAGGUGGUGCCGCGUUCGGCGUCGUCCGGGUACCUGGUGGGCAAGGUGGUGGCGGUGGACGCGGACGCGGGGCGCAACGCGUGGCUGUCGUACGAGCUGGUGCAGGCGUCGGAGCCGGCGCUGUUCCGCGUGGGGCUGCAGAGCGGCGAGGUGCGCACGGCGCGGGCCGUGUCGGAGAGGGACGCGGCCAAGCAGCGCGUGGUGGCCGUGGUGAAGGACCACGGCGAGCCGGCGCUGUCGGCCACGGCCACGCUGCACGUGGUGCUGGCCGAGAGCUUGCAGGAGGCGCUGCCGGAGCUGAGCGAGCGGGCGGCGGGCGCCGAGGCGGCGGGCGAGCUGCAGUUCUAUCUGGUGCUGGCGCUGGCGCUGCUGUCGGCGCUGUUGGUGCUGAGCGUGGCGCUGGCCGUGCUGGCGCGGCUGCGGCGGGCCGGGCCGCCCGGCGUGCUGCGCUGCCUGGGCGCGCAGCGCUUGUCGCUGGCCGGCGCCGCCUUCCCGGCCGACUUCUGCGAGGGCACCUUGCCCUACUCCUACAACCUGUGCGUGGCGGCGCCGCCCCGCUUGGCCGCCGAGGCCGCUUGGCCGCCGCCGCCGCUGCCCAUCGUGCCCGCGGAGGAGCUUGUGGCCGGGGAGCCCUGCGAGAAGCCGAGCCCGAGCAGCAGCGCCGUCCCGGGAGAGCCGCCCGCUGACCCCGACGCACCACAGGUCUGUAUAGUCUCACUCUCCUCUCUGAGGUUUUCCUAG